CAUUGAUUGAAUAGUCAGUGGUCUCAGCUUGCACUCUGAAGGUUCAGUGUUCGACUUCUAUUAUUGUCAUAGGUUUAAAUCCUUCUAAUCAUCAUCAUGAGAUCGAUAUGGCGUGUACGUUUCUCCUAUGCAAUUGGACAUGUUUUAAAUGAUUUAUGCGCAUCUGUCUGGUUUACAUAUACACUGGUAUUUUUUAAAUUCGGUAUUGGCAUACCAACAAGUAUGGCUGGUUUAAUUGUACUUGUUGGUCAAGUUGUCGACGGUUUAGUAACCCCAUUAAUCGGUGUAUUCUCAGAUAAACUAUCUUCUCAAUCGCAUGUUUCAUCCUCAUCCUCACCACCAUCACCAUUAUCACGACCGCGUACAUCUACAUCAGAUAGUCUUCUACACAAUUCUCAUCAACCAUUAAAAGAUCAUGAACAGAAGUGUAUACCAAACUAUCGUUCUACUGCAACCACUGGCAGUAAUAGUAAUGGUAUGGAUGACAGUACUGUUACAGCAGUGAAUAUUUCGAGGACAUCAAAUCCUUCUUUAUCUCAACGGUGUCAGUGUUGUUUAAGAGCAAUUCGACCAUUUGGACGUAAAAUAUGGCAUCUAGGCGGAAGUGCUUUGAUCAUUUUUUCAUUUCCAUUAAUAUUUGGUCCACCACUUGGUUCAUCGGAUGUCAGUACAUUGGCUAAAAUGAUUUAUUACUUACCGUUGGUGGCGAUAUUUCAGACGGGUUGGGCAGCAGUUCAAAUUACACAUCUGGCUUUAAUGAAUGAAUUAUCCUUGGAACCAAGUGAACGCACUUUACUAACCUCUUUACGAUAUCUAUUCACUGUGAUUAGUAAUCUAGUUGUUUAUAUUAGUACAUUUCUUUUACUGGAACAUCAACAUUCUGUCAACAGUCAUAUCGACAUCAACACUUCCAAUAAUAUAAUGAUAAUACGAGUAUCGCCUACAUCGAUAUCUUUUAUUGAUUUUGGUAAAGAUGAUAUACCAGCCUUUCAGAAACUUGGUUUCACUAUCAUCGGUAUUGGUGGAUUAACAACAUUGCUUUUUCAUAUUGGUAUUAGACCGUCAGAUAUUGUAUCGAAUACAAGAUCUACAAGUAAUGGUAAGUAUAGAUAA